UACAAGCGCCACUCCUAUACGUGUAUAUUGCCCAUAUCCAACGGUAAUAUUCAAUAAUCCCAUAAAACGACAUCUUUCAGUGAAUUCAACGAUGGUGAAAGGAGGAGGUAUCAAUUUUUUUAUUUUUUUUUUACAAAAAAGCUUUGCCUAGCAUUCAAAGCUAGUUUUAAGCUCUUCAUUUAGCUGUUUGUACUUUAAAUAUAAUGGCUGCUUUCAACUGGAUUUAAUAAUUUAGCCAGUUUAGUAUUUAGGACAGUAAAACUGGUUAGGUCUGGCAAAAGAGUACCUGUUCCUUGAACAUAAAGACCCUCCCUGUCCUUCCCCCGCACCCCACCAUAUUUCACAGACUGUGCGCAUGGGCGGAGAUAGUCCCUGUUAUUAUUGUCUGGAUAAUAUCACAUAUGAAAAUGGCGGCGAGUCAGGGAGGCGGAGGAGCAGUUACGGCUUUGCCUGGCCAUCAUUAUCCGAGUGGACCUCACUGGAACCCGGGGAUACUUCAACAUCAGCACCACAUCCACACAGCUCGAAGCCUGGAUCGCGCUCUGGAAGAUGCGGCUUGUUCAGGCAUACUGAAUCUCAGCGGGAGAAAGCUGAGAGAUUACCCUGGCUUGAGCUAUGACCUAACGGACACAACACAGGCAGAUCUCUCAAAGAACCGGCUGACGGAGAUUCCUCCGGAAGUCUGCCUCUUUGCGCCUCUGGAGUCCCUCAACCUGUAUCACAACUGCAUCAGAGCUGUCCCAGAAGCCAUCAUUAACCUGCAAAUGCUCACGUACCUGAACAUCAGUCGGAACCUCCUCUCAACGCUGCCAAAAUACCUGUUUGAUCUUCCACUUAAAGUGCUGGUUGUGAGCAACAACAAGCUAAUCUCUGUUCCCGAAGAAAUCGGAAAAUGCAGAGACCUCAUGGAAUUAGAUAUCAGCUGCAAUGAGAUCCAGGUGUUGCCCUCGCAGAUAGGGAGGCUCCAUGCGUUACGGGAGCUGAACACCAGGAGAAACUGCUUGCAGGUUCUGCCCGAAGAGCUGGCUGGCCUACCCCUGAUCAGACUCGACUUCUCCUGCAACAAGAUCUCCGAGAUCCCGCCCAUCUACCGAAAAAUGAGGCAGCUGCAGGUCAUCAUUUUGGACAACAACCCCAUGAAGUCGCCCCCAGCGCAGGUUUGCCUUAAAGGAAAGGUGCAUAUAUUCAAGUAUUUGAAUAUCAAAGCUUGCAGAACUGACAAGAAACCAGACUCCCUUGACCUCCCAUCGCUCAGCAAACGAAGCCUCCCGCAGCCUUUGACAGAUAGUAUGGAAGAUUUUUACCCCAGUAAGAACCAUGGACCAGACUCAGGAAUCGGGAGCGACAAUGGGGAUAAGAGAUUGUCGACAACAGAGCCCUCUGAUGACGACACCAUCAGUCUGCACUCACAGGUGUCUGAGACGGCGAGGGCCGAUGCCCACCUCCUACUAACCAAACUGGAAAGUAAAGCAGAGCAGGAGACGUAUGACUUCAUCGACCCCAGCACGGAGGAAGAGGCCGCUCUGUCUGAGGAAGAUGUGCAGCAGAGCACCCGCUAUGUGUCCUGUAUGAAGGAGCUUGAGAAAGUGCUGAACAAGUCACACCAAAACGAAGACAAGGAAAAUGGGAAGGAGGAAUCCGGUUCCGAGAAGGAGCCUCUGGCAGAGGAAGAAGAGGAGGAUGAGGUAAAGGAAGUUCUGGACUUGAGGAAGAUAGCAGCCCAGCUGCUGCAGCAAGAGCAGCAGAACAGGCGACGUUCGCUCAUAUGUCGAGCGUCAUUCAGUCAGAGCCUUUUCCACCGACGGAGGGCCACUGCCCGGGCACAAAGAUUCCUGAGCCAAUCAGGGAGCGGGACAAACAAUAAACAGCGAUCACCCAGGAGUUCCACAUUGGAGGAGGGAAGCACAGGGGAGUUGGCUGUUUCUAGUCAGUCCUCCUCUAGUUCAGUGGACGGUUCCCAAAAGCCUGACCCAGGCGACGCUGAGCCGAAGUGGCCGGAAGGACACGCCAUACUCCACCUGGGCGAAGAGCGGCGGCGGAAUAAGUAUCUGCGGAAAGAUUACCUGAAGUACAAGUGCCAGGCUGCCCGGAGAAGUCUCAGCUUAAACAGCAAUGAGUGUGGGGAAGGAAUGCACUCGGCAGAUGUCAGCACUGGAUUAACGGUGUUUGGUUUGAAACCGAGAUCAGCUUUCUGCAGGGGGAGUCACCAGGAGUACAGCUCCACUGACCCGGGGUUUACAAUACGCAGGAGAAUGGAGCACAUGAGGGAGGAGAUGGAGCAGAUCCAGCUCCUGCGCCAGAACCUUGAGUCUAGGUUGAAGGUGCUGCUCCCAGAUGAUGUGGGCGGAGCUCUGAUGGAUGGAGUGGUCCUGUGCCACCUGGCCAAUCACAUUCGACCUCGCUCCGUAGCCAGCAUUCAUGUUCCCUCCCCAGCAGUGCCAAAGCUCAGCAUGGCGAAAUGCCGCAGAAAUGUGGAGAACUUUCUGGAUGCCUGCAAGAAGCUGGGAGUUCCGCAGGACAAGCUGUGUUUACCCCAUCAUAUCCUGGAGGAGCGGGGGCUGGUGAAGGUGGGAAUAACGGUCCAGGCCCUGCUGGACUUGCCGGCAUCAAGACCGACCCAGCUCUCCGCUGUGUAGCACACCACCGCGUAGCAUGUGUGCCCCGUCCUGCCGCUCCGCACGUCUGUCUGAGGGGAGGGGGGUGGGGGGGGGUGCAGGGGGGCCUCCCAGGAGCCUGCUGAUUGAGGUGGGAGAGGGACCCCUAACCCCUCUCACGUAUGAAAUUGGCCGGGACCUCCUUUCCUGUGAAUGUGUCGCCUCCGCUGAGACAGCCCCGUGGGAAAAUGGGGCAAUGUCGCUCCAGUCAAACCUGAUUUCGCUUUGUGACCAUGAGGAAACAAAGCAGCUAGUUAUUAAUGGAUAGUGACAAACGUAGACGUUCAGAAAAGCAUCCUGGCCCUUUGAUCAGGCUACCUUUAUGGUGAGGGUCAUCAUGGUGCUGAUGAUUUUGGCAUGUUUUAGGGCAGUGGCUCCCAACCCUGUUCCCAGAGAUCUGACACCCUGUAGGUUUUCACUUCAGCCCUAACAAAGCACACCUCAUUCAACAGCUAGAGGUCUCAUCGAGCUGGUAAUGAGUAGAAUCAGGUGUGCCAAAUCUGGGUUGAAGUGAAAACCUACAGGACGGUAGUUCACCAGGAACAAGGUUGGGAGCCCCUGUUUUAGGGCACCCACUGACACUGUGACACUGAAACUGAGUUCAUCCCAUUAUUUAUUUUAAGUUUAGCAUUAAAAUAAAGAAAAAACACCUGCGAUGCAAUGGUGUUUUACAUUGCUCACUGUACAAAUGUGUCAGCUUGCUUGCUACACAGUCAUUUAAGAAACCCUUGCUCUUUAGGAACAGUUCUGAUUUUAUACAGAAUUUUAAGGCAUUUGUACCAGUACUCCAUCGACUCUAUACCUGUCUGUUUUUGCCGAAUUUGGAGCCCUAGGAUUUGUUAUUUGUUUCUGAAAGUCUGGGCUCAGGUGCUUGGAAUGGAGUGCCAUACUUCUGAUGUUGGACUUGGAAUGGUUUGAAUGCUGACUUCUUUAUGGUGAAUUUAUCAAAAACAAGAGAUUUCCUGCUCACAAUAUUAUAAUUUACACAGUAUGAUGCUGCUAUUUUAUACUUCUUAUCCUAAAAUAACACAACAUUUUCUAGGUUCUGCACUGACAUCACACAGACAAACAUGCCAUUCAGUUUGGACAGAUUCCUUUCCAUGGUUUUCAUUUUAUACACAGUUUGCAAGAAACUAAAUUAUUCCGAAACACAUCUAACUUGUUCUUACUGUGUGACAGAAGUGGACUUAGAAGGAGUUUGCAAAAAUGUCUGCUUUAAAAAUCUUUGCUUUCAAUAAUUUGUUUGCAAUAUUGUGUUGACAACCGGCUAACAAUUUGAAAACUGAGCAAAGAGGUCAGAUGUGAUGACAUCUGUUUUUUUACAUGCAUUCAGAUGUAUUUCUUUUCACUUUCGGGUUUCAGAAUUAGCGGCUUUUUAAAAACUUAACUCACAAUCAGAUAUAAUCCAUCCAGUAGGAUGGUGAUGUCAUGUGCAGAACCCCCCUCCCCCCACCAAAAAAAAAAAAAACUCACCAGUGUCUAACCUCAAUUGUUUUGUGUCAAUGAAAAUUCAGCUAGAGGAACUACAGAUUUAUUAGGCUAUGGGAGAACAUUAACAAAGAGAGCCACUGGUGUAAAGCCAUUAAUUGAUUAAUGCAUUUUUGUUUUAAGCUCAGAAGAAUUUGGCUUUGAUUGUGCUACAUUUACCAUUCCUUAUAGAUACCAGCAAUAUUAUGUUUGCAUGGUCUGAUGAUUUUUUUAAAUGUACAUUUUUAAAUUAAUGUAACUUAUUUUUGUAAUGUUUUAUAAUUAUCCAUUAACUGAUGUUUCAUGCUUUCCUGUCAAUGUUGAGGAACUGUUUAAUGGUCAGACUAGAGCUCCUUUUCUCAUGUAAUCAUGUAUGCAAGUACAGUCAUGCAUAUGAUUAUUUAUUUCAGGGAAUUUCUAUUUAUGUAUUUAUUAUUAUAUUUAAUUGCUUUUCAGCGGGAACACAUUUUCAAAAGAUAUUUUUGAAUUCUAAGGAAAAGCCACAUUCAGUUUUUUUUUUGGCACUGUUUAUAUUGCUGUCGUGAUUGCAAGGGCCUUGAACACUUUAUGCCCAUUUAAGGUAAUCAGAGACUUACUGUUUGAGAGGGCAUGGGAGAGAAGGAGAUGGUGUUUCCCUGUAGUGCUGUUUUUCAGUGUCGGUGUAAAGAGACAUGUCAUCACUUGUGUCCUGAAAUGAGAUCCCCUCUGUCUCCUCACCGUUUUCCAUCUUUCUUACUCAGCAGAGCCACGCCUUCAGGUGCUGUCCAUCUGCGUUAAAACGAUCUCUCUUACACCCCUGCCAGGAACAUUCUUCCCCUCCUUUCCUUUUUAGCAGGAAUUUCGGUUUUCUACCCUUUUUGAAAGCCUGUAGUGCCAUAACGUCUCGGUUGUACCUUUUUUGUAGCAAAAUUGCAAACUUGCCAUAACUGUUACGUUUUCAUUAAUGUCGUAUUUUAAAUUUGCACUUGCACUGUUGUGUUGUUUUAAGGACUGUGGGUAUUCACCAGGGAGAUGUAGAUGUUUCAGCUCAAGAUAACACUCUACACUGGAAAUGAUUUUUACAUCCUUUGAUGCAUUUUAAUUGCUCAGUGUUCAGUUCGAUGUGUUUGCAUUCUGAGGUGUUCCUGUACUGCUGGAGUUAAGGCCUCUUCUCCACUGCUCAGUGUUGCAGACAGUAUAUUUCUCUCUGUCUUGCUUCCAUUGCCAGAUGACUCAAUCCAUGUCACUGCCUCGUUGCUAUGGCAGAUUAGCCUAGCUAAAUAGGUUUGCCCUGCUACACUACUGCAGAUUGUCGUCUCCAGGUUUACAGUGAUUUUGCAGUGAUGUAACAAGUGGUGGUUCAGAUCUCGCUACAGCUUGUGUUCUUCAGCCUCGGGACAUGUCUUCAAAAGAAGGAGAAAUUACACAAUACUGUUGUCAUUUGAUAUGUAUUUACUUGGGAGUGUGAAAGGAAUAAAAUUCUGUGGAACCAUUACAUACUAAUUUGAAGCAAAUUCGGCGGGAUUGGAUUGGUCGGCCAUACCAAUGCAACAAGCAUUGGCAUGUCCAACCAAACACUUUCCCAGGGGAAAUGAGCUUGGCGCUCCGUGUCACUUAAUGAGUCUGUAAGUCACAACCACAUCAGUUUGGACACUCCCAUCACAAGCCUUCUUGGGAAAGUGUUCCAGUACAAUUUUAAGUGAUCACUGUGCCUUACGCCUCGUUGACAAUACACCAAAGUCUGAAGUCUUACCAUUCUUCUCAUGGGUUCGAUUUAACUGCAUAUAAUGCUGUGAUCGACAUUCACGUGUCUCCUUCUGCAGCUGAGGCAAUUCCUGUGUAUUUUGUAAGUGUGGGCUUAAGGCUUAUGAGUGCUGUAAAAGAUCCCGUUCCUUUAAUUGACAAGUGCCGUAUUGUCCGAAUUGUAUUGUCCAUCUGAUUCAUGGGUGAGCCCAAAGAGCCUGUGGCUUGAACUGGAAAUCAAAUGUCUAAUUGAGUAUAACUAAAGGAGAAGCCAAUUGGCUUUGUUGUCAAGAAAAAAAUAUUUUUAAAUUUUCUUUUAUAAUAUCCUCUACUGACAGAUAUUAGGCCUAUUUGUCGGAAAUCUAGCACUGUACGUGGGACAAAGGUUUGAAGAUUAACACUGACUGCAGAAUUAAGCACCAAAGCUUAUCAUAGUGCUUGAAAUGCACGUACAUUUAAUGGCCAGUGAACUGCAAAAGAUGUGAAAACACUGUGAGAGCUGUGUAUUUUCAGUAAUAAUAUCACAAAUGGUUUUACAAUCCAUUGAGCCAUGCUUACAAAUGAGAAUUGUAGCAAAAUCACUUUGUGAUAAUAGUUUCACAGAGGUGUUUCCCUCUUAAUUGUGAUGUCACUGUCAUUCCCUGAAUGUGUAGAAGUGACUAGAGAACCCCAUUGUGACUUGCAGGCUUCAGCUUAUUUAAAGCUCACUGUUGUAGGAAUGUUAUCAUCAGCAUGGUCGGCAAUUUAUAGAAGCUGUUUUUCCUGCUUCUCCUGAAUAAAAAUGACAGCUUCCUGGGAGGAGUGAAGUGGGAACAACAUACUGGGACAUAUAGACUGGAAUUGAUCAUGAUAGUUGGUUAUUCUGCGUUGAAGCACAGUGUGAAAGGCUGCAUUAAUAAUCCUCUAUUCGGAUAAACCUGAAUCAACACAUUACAACGCAUCAGCAUGAACAUCUGGUGUUAACCGCAGUGUGCUUACCUGGAGUUUAAACCCCUAGGCCAGAGAACUGCAUCACCGCUGAAACGGCUCAUCCUUAUGUCACAGAUUUGGAUCGGUGUUCCAGUUGUGAUGCCGUUCUGUGGUUUUUGGGUUUGAACCUGAGGUUUAAACUCCAUCUAAGCACACUGCAAUGGACCCCUGCAGUCUGCCUCUCUAUAUGUAUUGUAUGGAAUGUACUUUAAGUUGUGUAAAUCCAGUAUGUGGGAGAAUGAACAUUGGCUGGCUUUUCCUUUCAAACAUCAACAUUCCUCAGUGUACGAUUAACCUCUCCUCUCUACACCACUCUUUCAUCUUGUUUUCUUUGCUUUGAGGUGGACAUUAAUGUCAGGAUGUUUUGUGCAAGGAUAUCAGUGUUUCUGUUUUACUUAUUUAAAAAUGCAACAUUUCCUUCAUGUCAGGAAAAAUCCCACAAAAUAUGCUCUGUAAAUACAUGUUUUCUAUUUAAAAACUUGCGUGCAUGCCAAAUUGAAAACAUUAGACAAAUGUAUAUAUCUUCUACAAAUUGUAGGGAACUUCUAAAAUAUUUCAAGAAUAAAGAAAAAAAAAACACAAAAUGAAAUAAAGUGAUCCUUUUUCCAA